UACAGAAGUAGCAGACACGAAACCCGAACCACCCCAGGUUCGCUCUUCGCAUCGACAUCGUCCGCCCCUCCCCCCAAAUCCCGAAAGAUUGUCCGCUCGCAUCGUGACCAUGUCGGCCCGACAUGCGCUGCCGGCACCAAUUGGGCGCCGCGCAGCCCAGUAAUAUGACGAAGCCCUUGUCCACCAGGUCGUGUUGCAGACCAACCGGGGCCAUGGAGACUUGCAACUUGACCCCGCCGCCGUCGCGCCGCCUCUCCGACUCUUUGCCCGACGGCGAAUUACCGUGUCGGUCGGUUGAUGAGCGCCCAUCCACACCAUGCCGUGCCAUGGGGGUCGCGGUCGUGAGUGCGACUUAUAUAUCUCGUGUGUGAGAGAGAGAGGGAGAGACGAGACGUCCGAUUGUAGUCUCCCCCUCCCCCCUUCUCCCUCCCCCAACUUGCGCUCCUCCCGCGCUCCCUUACUGCCAAAGCAAAAGCAUUGCCGCACGAGAGAAAGCCAUCGACACCAUGGGGUCCAAAGCCGUCGAGCCACAGCUGCGCAGCUGGUGGAAGGAGAGCUCCGUCUAUCAGAUCUAUCCGGCGUCCUUCCAGGACUCGACCGGGACUGGCAUCGGCGACCUCAAGGGCAUCAUCUCGCGCGUCGACUACCUCAAGGACCUCGGCGUCGACAUCGUGUGGCUGUCGCCCAUCUUCAAGAGCCCCCAGCAUGACAUGGUAUGCGCAUGCCGCCACACCGUCUCCGGAGUGUGAAGAAGACGCUCGCGAUCUUGUUUGUUCCCCGGGCGGGCCGCCUACUUUGCUGACACGGCGCGAACCCUUCUCCUCGUCUCACAGGGCUACGACAUCAGCGACUACAAGUCCAUUGACCCUCCCUACGGCGACAUCUCCGACGUCGAUGUCCUGCGUGACAGGCUGCACGAGCGCGGCAUGAAGCUCGUCCUCGACCUCGUCAUGAACCAUACCAGUGAUGAGCACCCCUGGUUCCAAGAGUCGCGCAAGUCAAAGCACAACAACCCCUUCCGCGACUGGUACGUCUGGCGCCCGCCGCGCUACGACGCCCAGGGUAACCGCCAGCCCCCCAACAACUGGGAGAGCCACUUCCAGGGCAGCGCCUGGGAGUACGACGAGGCCACCGACGAGUACUACCUGCGCCUCUUCUGCCGCGAGCAGCCCGACCUCAACUGGGAGAACCCGGCCGUCCGCGCCGCCGCACACGACGUCAUGCGCUUCUGGCUCGACCGCGGUGCCGAUGGCUUCCGCAUGGACGUCAUCAACUUCAUCAGCAAGGACCAGUCCUUCCCGGACUCGGACGAGCCCAUCCUCAAGGGCCACGAGUUCUACGCCUGCGGGCCCAGGCUGCACGAGUAUCUCAAGGAGCUGGGCGCCAUCCUCAAGGAGUACGACGCCUUUAGCGUCGGCGAGAUGCCCUGCGUUACCGACCCGGACGAGAUCAUGAAGGCCGUCGGCGCGGGCCGCGACGAGCUGAGCAUGAUAUUCCAUUUUGAGCUAAUGGACAUCGACUACGGGUCCAAGGGCAAAUUCUCUCCCGGGACCUGGCGCCUGUCCCAGCUCAAGCAGAUUGCCAACAAGUGGCAGAGACUCAUGUACGAUCGCAAUGGCUGGAACGCCCUCUAUCUCGAGAACCACGACCAGCCGCGUUCCGUCACCCGCUUCGCCAGCGACGCCCCGGAGCACCGCGAGGCGAGCGCCAAGCUCAUUGCCAUCUUCCUCGGCUUCCAGGCCGGCACCCCCUUCAUCUACCAAGGCCAGGAGAUUGGUAUGACCAACGUGCCAAAGGACUGGACCAUGGACGAGUACAAGGACAUUGACUGCGUCAACCACUGGGCCCUGUACAAGGACACAGCAGACGAGGAGACCAAGGCCAUGCUCAAGGCCGAGUACCAGAAGAAGUCGCGCGACAACGCCCGCACGCCCAUGCAGUGGGACGCCAGCCCCCACGCCGGCUUCACCACCGCCGGCGCCACGCCCUGGAUGCGCGUCAACGACAACUUCGAGGCCGUCAACGCCGCGUCCCAGACGUCGGACCCGCGCUCCGUCUUCCACACCUGGCGCCGCGUCCUCGAGCAGCGCAAGGCCCUCAAGGACGUCUUCGUCUACGGCGACUUCGCGCUAGUCGACGAGGCCAGCGAGACCGUCUUUGCGUACGAGCGCAGGGCCAGCGCCGCCGACGGUGGAGGCGUCGCGGCGCUCGUCGUCUGCAACUUCUCCGGCGCGGACGAGACGUGGAAGUGGGAGGGCAAGGCCCGCGAGGUGCUGGUCAGCUCGGCGGGCAAGGAUGUGAAGGACGUCAACGCUGGGGGGAUUCGCCUCGGGCCGUGGGAGGCGAUUGCGCUGCUGCUAUAAUGGGCGGGCAUUUUCAUACAUGCAUGAAGGACCAGAGAUCCGCGGACAUAAGGCACGGGUUGCUGCAACAAGACGACGUGGUAUCAACCGCAAUAUAUGCCCGGAAUUUUAAUGCCAAGCGAGAAGCCAAGUGCUGUUGGCAGUAGCAAAUCAACUCCUCAC